AUGGCAAGGAAAGUCCGAUGUCUCAGCUGUCGCAAGCUCAAGAUCGCCUGCGAUGAGGCUCGCCCCAAGUGUGAGUACUGUGCCGCCACCCACCGCGAGUGCAUAUACCCCAAUCCGACCCGUGGCGUGGCCCCUGAAUCGUCAUCUGAACCGUCAUCUGAAUCGUCGCUCAUCUCACUCAACCAUUUACAAUACGACACCCUCGUCAACCUGGCCGUUCUCAACAAGAUGUACGUCCAAUUGGGCAUCUCCAAGUUCGAGUACCGGCUCUUGACGGAGUUCGACAGCCAAUUUGUGAGAAACAAUAUCAAACCGGGCAUGAAGCGCAACCCGUCACCUCUCGACAAGCUCUGGAUGAACGAGGUGCCCCAUCUCUGGGGCCAGAGCCUGCUUCUACGGCUGAACAUGUACUCAAUUCUGUCGAUGUUUUUGGCGGAUAAGGUGUCACUUUCGCAGAUGUUGGUGGAGGACCUUGGGCCUCAAGUUGAGUACAAGCAAUUGGGCGGUUUGGAGAACAAGGUGCAGCAGAUGGUGCUCGAGUUUUUUGGAAACUCGUUGGUGCAAACGAUGGCGGCGACCGAUGAGGUGUGCCGGAGUCCGCAUGGCCUCACGCUGGUGCGGGCGGCAGAGCUAGUAUUUUCGGCCAUUAUCCUCUUUACGUUUCUUUCGCUCCAGCUGUACGACUUGAUGCCGCUCCUCGACUUGGCGGGGGCGGACGUGGCGGGCGUGGACGUGGCGAGCGCGCCGGUCGAUUUGGUGCGACUCGUGCUGCUGAUGAAGCUCGCGAUAGGCGAGUGCCUCCCGGCGCUUGUGGGCCUGCCGUACACGGGGCUCUUCUACGUGACAGAAAUAUUCUCCCCCACCCAGUUAGAUGAGAUCUAUCCCAUCGUUGAGCACUUGAAAACCGAGCUUUAUCGCUACAAAAGCCUGUACACGGGCCUGCAGUUCGAGGACUUGCAGUGGGCCCUUGAAAUGUUCGAGCGGUGCAUGGCCCUGGCGGUCCAGAACGAUGACCGGGUGCCAUUUCUACGUCUCAUAUUUCUUUGGCGGCCCAGUGUGUACAAGUUGAUGCUUGAAUACGAUUUCUUUAGUGUGCAGAUGCUCUUUUACUACUCGACCUUGACGCUUUUGGUGGGGUUGAAGCGCAGCCCCACCAACAUUUUCCAGAAGUUCAACGACCAAUUUCGGCUGCUCAGCUUCCGUAUGUUUGGGGGGUGGCAGAGUCAGACGGAUAUGGCGCUUUACCAGCUUCUGCUGAAUGGAGUUGACAUUAGCAGCAAUUUGCAGAUGCUUCAGAACUUUGUGCCCGAGACCUACGAGUACCAUGGCUGAGUGCACCUGCGUAGCGGUAAGAACAGUUCACUGCGCCCUACCUAUCAAGGUAGUUGAUGGGAGAUUCAGACGAUUCAGAUGAGAUUGACGGCUGAUUGCAAAAUUCGCAGUCUGUCAAAUGCUGCGCAACAGCGUCGCUGCCCUCACUCAACCUUUGCUACCCAAGAUCGCUCUUCCGCGUCGCCACAUAAGCCAGCUAUGAGUAACUGUGGCAAGACAGUUGAGCAUACCUAAUUGACACCCACUGAGCAAGAACUCCAUGGAAGUUCAAAGAAGUCCAUGACGAGUUCCAGCAGCAAUGUGUGGCGCAAGGCUUGCUGCGGUUGCCACGGGGUGGGUCCAACAUGCAAAUACAGCUCUAACCUGCAAAACCUUUUUCAGUGCCGCCAUGGCAACGUGCAGGAGGCUCGCCUGUGUUGCCUCGUUAUCAGUGCGUGAGAACCCGUGCACAUCUAGAGUUGCUUGACAAUGCUGCCUAAAGAUAGUCUCGAGAUUAGGCUUUGGUCAUCCCAAACAACCGUUAGGUUUAUGGUCAUGAGUACGGUCACGAGUUUAUGGUCAUAUUUACAGUCAUGCUUCCAAAUGGCCCGGUUUUGGCACAUGACCAGGCACUCGGAACAUGUGGCAUCUCGUCUAAUCGUUGAACAAUGAAAUUUUCUAUUAAAAUAUAUAAUCAAUACAAUACUUUAAUAACAGCCGUUGAUGGAAAGUGACAUAGCAUUAGUCAACGGGAGAAAUUAAAACAACCAAAUGAAACGAAAUUUUUGUUAUGCUAAGUAGAAAGCUAGAAGCUUACAACAACAAAGCAACACCGGCGGCAGCAGCGGCUCCCAACAAACCAGUAGAAACAAAGGCAGCACCAGAAUCAUCGGAGAUGGAGGAUCCGUUGGUGGCGUUGGAAGCGUUGGAGGCGUUAGCGGCCUGAACAGCGGUAAUGGCAGUUAAAGCAAUGAUAACAGAUUGGAAUUGCAUUUUAUGUGUAUAUCUAUGAAUAAAUCGGUAAAGAAGGGAAAGAAAAAUUCGCAAGGGGGAUAUU